AUGAUUAAAGCAAUAGAUAAAGAAUCAGUUAAUAAUAUUUGCAGUGGUCAAGUUAUUUUCGAUUUAUCUAUUGCAGUUAAAGAAUUAAUAGAGAAUAGUAUCGAUGCAGGAGCAACUUCAAUAGAGAUUAGAUUAAAAGAAUAUGGUGAAGAAAUUAUUGAGGUUAUUGAUAAUGGCUCUGGUGUAGAGCCCUCAAAUUUCGAAGCAUUGACAAUGAAACACUAUACAUCAAAACUCGAACAAUUUAGUGACCUUUUAACAGUGGAAACCUUUGGAUUUCGUGGCGAAGCUUUGAGUUCAUUAUGCGCACUAUCAAAUGUUACAGUUAUAACUAGAACUGCAAAUUAUCCAAUGGCACAAAAAUUAGUUUUUGCAACAGAUGGCAAAAUUAUGUCACAAUCACCUAUAGCUAGAGAAGUUGGUACUACUGUUCAAUUAAUUAAUUUAUUUAAAAAGUUGCCUGUUCGUUAUCAAGAAUUUAAAAGAAAUAUUAAAAAGGAAUAUACCAAAUUACAAACCAUCAUUCAAGCAUAUGCUUUAAUUUCUACCGGUAAACGUAUCACUUGUUAUAACCAAGCAGGAAAAGCACAAAGAAACUGUGUAAUAUCAACCAGUGGUGGCAACUCAACCUUACGUGAUAAUAUAGCAUCUAUAUUUGGUUCUAAAAUGAGUCAAUCAUUGGACGAGUUUACUGCAUCCGAUAAUUUGUUUAAAGUUAAUGGUCUAAUAUCAAAAAUUGGUCUAGGAAAUGGUCACGGUCAAUCAAUUGGCUCCCAACCCUCACAAUCAAAUGGUGCAAUUCAAUCAUUAAGCUCCCUAUCUAGAAGUUGUGCAGAUAGACAAUUCUUCUUUAUAAAUGGUAGACCCUUCGAACACUCUAAAUUAGCAAAAGAAAUUAAUACCCUGUAUCAUCAAUUUCAUAAAAGAGGAGCAUACCCUGUUGUAGUUUUUAAUAUCGAGACCCCAACUGACAACUAUGAUGUCAAUGUUACCCCUGACAAAAGAACAAUUUUUAUCCAAAAAGAAUCUCAAUUACUUUUAUUAAUUUCAGAUGGUUUAAAAACAAUGUGGGAAAAAGUUCAAAGUAUUUUUGAUCCAAGUGCGCCAAACUCUUUAACUUUUGAUGAAGACGAAGAUGAAACAAUAAAGAAAAAAAACUUUAGUAUUCAACAAUCAAAAAUUUCUUCAUUUCCAAAUAUAUAUCAAUUAAAAAGUGAAGAGGACGAAGAAAAUAAAAAAAAGAAAAUAAUAAAUGAUAAAAAUAAUAAUACUACAACAACCACAACAACCACUACCAAAAUAACAUCAACAAAAAGUUUAAACAUAAGUAUAAAUUCCGAUGACUCAUUUGAUAUUCAGCCACUAAAAAAACAAAAGCAUAAUAAUAGUACAGAUAGUAAUAAAGAUAUCAGCACAGAUAAUAAGCAGUUACCAAAAACUCCACAUCCAUCAAAGAAAUUAAAUUUAUUGGAUGAAUUUAAUAAUGAUAAUGAUAGUAGUACCAUGGAUGGUGAUGAUUAUACUCAACCAACAGUGUCAAAUAAAAACAAAACGGUACCACAAACAAACUCCCCAUCAUCAAGCCAGAAUACCAUUUUGGAUGAUAACGAGUAUUAUAAUUUAAAGCUAACCAAUUUAAAUAGCUCAACAAGCAACUUUAGUGUUUUGGAUGAUUUUGAGUUUAAAGGUACUUCAAGUAACGAUAAAAAACCAUUUAAAAUUGUAAAUACUAGUCCCAUUAAAAAAAUAAAUAACACUAACGAUAAUAUGAAUAAUAAUAAUACGAACAAUAACAAUAAUAAUAAUAAUGUGAAUAAUAAUAUAAAUAAUAUAAAUAAUAAAAACAACAAUAAUAAAAAUAAAGAAGAUGAAAAUGAAAAUGAUUCUGGAUAUCAACAAAAGAAUUCAAAAACAUUUGAUAUUACUAUUAAAACAGAUAUAGAACAAAUAAAGAAACAAUAUUUAAUUAGAAAUGGAACAUUUGAUGAAGAUAACAAUCCAGUUAUACCAAACACAGCAUUGGUUUUUACAAGUAUAGAUGGUGAUGAUGGUAGCAAUAUAGACCUUACAAAUGAUUUAAGUCCUGGUAGUUGCUGUACAAUUGACCACUCAUUACCACAGCUUGAUGGUAAAUUUUCAAGUAGUCUCGGUGGUAUCGGUGUUAAAGCAACUCAACAACAACAACAAAUUCAACAACAACAACAAGCAGAGCUGGAACUUACGAAAUAUUUUAAAAAAGAAUACUUUAAACAAAUGAUAGUGAUCGGCCAAUUUAAUUUGGGCUUUAUUAUUGCAAAAUUAGGAAAUGAUCUUUUUAUAAUUGAUCAACAUGCAGCAGAUGAAAAAUAUAAUUUCGAAAUGUUAUCAAAAUCUUUAGAAAUUAGUUCACAGCCACUAAUUAAACCUGAUCCACUCUCUGAUUUAACUUGCGAAGAGGAAAUGAUCAUCAUCGAAAAUAUAGAUCUCUUUAAGAAGAAUGGUUUUAAAUUUAUCAUUGACCCCGAAGCUCCACCAAGAAAUAAAAUCCAAUUAUCAGCAUUUCCAAUGAUUCAUGGUCAAACAUUUGGUAUUAAAGACGUUUACGAACUUAUUUAUCUUUUAAAAGAAUCGCCAAUACCAGGUUCAGUUACAAAAAUUCCAAGAUUAAACACUUUAUUAGCCUCAAAAGCAUGCAGAAAAUCGAUUAUGGUCGGGAAUUCACUUUGUCAUAAAGAAAUGAAGGAUGUUUUAAAUAACCUAUCAACAUUAGAUAACCCUUGGUGUUGUCCCCAUGGUAGACCAACCAUGAGACACUUAAUAGAUUUCAAUCAUAGUUUAAAAAAAGUACAACAACAACAACAAAAUAAAAAAGAUAAAGAAAAAGAUAAAUAA